CUCCUGCUUUCCCUCCCCUUGUUGAAAUAAGAGUUCGAUUAAAGCAGAUGACCGCCAACUUCUGAAGGGGGGCAGGAGGAGGGGGGGAAUCAAAACUCCUUUUUUUCGGGGUCUUUUUGUGCGAACUCUCCUUUCAAACGAGCAUUCGCGGAGAAGCCCACUUUUUUUUUUUUUUUUUUUUUUUGCGGCUUGACUCCCCCACCUCUCCCUCGCUUCCCUCCCGGGCGUCGAGGUUGCCUUUAAGCGGACAUUACUCGGACACGUUGGCGGAGCGAGGCUGCCUUUCCGACGAGGAGCCGCUUCAAGUUGGCGAAUGGAUGCUCGACAGACAGACACGACUAACACGCCGCCGAACGUGACGGGCUUCAACACUUUUUGCGUUUUUUGAGGAUAUACGUACACCUACAAACGUAUACGUACAUACACGCGGCGGGUGGGGGGCGUAAUUUUUUUUAAUCCCCCCCACCAAACUGGAGUUUGUUUGGAAAGAAGAUGGCUAAUUUUGUGUCUUGGUCGGAUUUUACUUCCAGGGAGGAGAAGGCGAAACUGUCAUUCUUCCUCGUCGCGAUUUAACAGCCAAGGCUAGCUCUUGUUCUUUCAUUUCUUUUUUUUUUUUUAAACCAAGUGGAGCAUUCUUACGCUUUUCUUUUUCUAUUUUCUUUUCUUUUUUUUUUUUUUUAACCGAGCACCUCCAACCGCAAUAAAGACCAAACGAGAACACAACACGGGUCGGUGGUACGCAUGUGGAGGAAAAUGGUGAAUUUUGUGCUAUUUUGUCCCGCCGUCACAGCGCCGUCGAUGCUAGUGCUAGGACUCGGAUCCCCGUGAGGAAGAAAAUGAGUGAAGAUUCAACAAAUCCAAACAACGAUGACAGUUAUGCGCGUGUGAGAGCAGUGGUCUUGACUCGGGAUGACUCCAGCGGCGGAUGGCUUCCCCUGGCCGGCUGCGGCCUCAGCUGCGUUACCGUCUACAAGGUCAGCCAGGCGGAAGAGAGUGGCAGCACCCACAGCGGCAGCACCCGCGGAAGCACCGGGAACCUCAGCCCUUGUAGCCCCAGUCCGACGCCCAGCCCCAGUCCCAGCCCCAGUCCAGUGGAGUUCUACAUAAAGGGGGAGCGGCUCAAAGACAAACUGGUGGUGCUGGAGUGCGUCCUGCAGGAAGGCCUCGUGUACAACAAGGUCACCCCCAUCUUCCACCACUGGAGGAUCAAUGACAAAAAGUUCGGGCUGUCCUUCCAGAGCCCCGCCGACGCUCGCGCCUUCGAUCGAGGCAUACGCAGGGCCAUUGAGGACAUCAGCCAAGGCUGUCGACCAUUUGGUGAAGGGGACACUCCUGAGGACGGGCAACCAGCUUGUGAAGAGCCUCCGUCCAUCUGUACGCCCAUGAAGGAGCCCUUCUCCCCCCUGAGCAACGUGGUGUCCAGCGAGCCCUUCAGGGGCUGCUAUGUACGGGCUCAGCCCUUUGACGAGUUCCCCUCCAGCAACCGACGCUACCUGCCGCCACAGGCGUCAUUCAAGUCCGCCCGUCACGUCAGCUUUCACAUGGACGACGAGAUCGUCCGCAUCAACCCGCGCAAGGACGUGGUCAUCCGCGGCUACGAGGACUACCGCCACCCGGUCAUGUGGAAACAGGAGACAGAGCGCGAGGACCUGGACUUCCCGGCCACCUUCCACAAACUGGACAGCAAGAAGUGCGAGUACCUCUUCCCCGACGGCGCCGGCGGGGACCCACACUCGGGCCCCGGUCUUGGCAAGGACACGGCCAUCAAGACUCAGCCCUCGCCGCUGCUCAAGUCCAAGAAGGGGCGGCGGCGGCGGGAGGACGGCGAGCGUUCACGCUGCAUCUACUGCCGUGAGAUGUUCAAUCACGAGGACAAUUGGCGGGGGCAGUGCCAAGAUGCCCCCGACCCCAUCAAGCAGUGCAUCUACAAAGUCAGCUGCAUGCUGUGCGCCGAGAGUAUGCUCUAUCACUGCAUGUCCGACUCGGAGGGCGACUUCUCGGACCCGUGCUCGUGCGACACGUCCGACGAGCAGUUCUGCCUGCGCUGGCUCGCCCUGGUGGCGCUCUCGUUCAUCGCGCCCUGCAUGUGCUGCUACCUGCCGCUGCGCGCCUGCCACCACUGCGGCGAGGCGUGCCACUGCUGCGGGGGCAAGCACAAGGCGGCCGGGUGACCCCGCGCCGCCCCACCGGGACACCCUCGAAGCUAGCUAAACGCGGGAAGCGGAUUAAUUCAACGCCGGCAUCCUUUUUUUCCCACCCCUUGCCCGUUCUCUCGGACAGGGCCGUGUCGUCGAUCGCCAGCUCUGAGGGCUUUUGGAGAUUUCAGUUUGCGUUUGUCGCCGACGAGCUGCGGAGGAGGACAAAAUUAAGCUUUGCGCCGAGCUAAGUCCGGACGAGGAAACAAGGACACUGAGAUUACUAGACUUGGAGAUGUUACUAAAUGCACCACGUUCACACACACAUAGACACACACACACACACAAACAUACACGGGCGCGCAUUGGCAUACACUUGGUCGAACUCUACUACACGAAGCGUCUAACUAUGAAGGAAACAUUUUUUGUACAGACAACAACAAAAAAACUAUUCAGAAAAAUAACUUGCUGUUUGAGUCUGCUAAAAGGGAUACAUACGUUCUUAUGCUUAUUUUGUGUGAUGUGGCAAUUGGUUAACAGUGGCCUUUCCUUCCCUUCAUGAUAAUGUAAUUACUAGACAGAAAAAGAAGAAAAAACGUGCACUCGACGUGAUGUCGCCCCUUCCGCAUUUUCCCCAUUGAGUGUCAUUUAAACAAUAAUAUGAGCAUGCAUGGCCACUUUUUUUGUUUCCUCCCUUGGGCAACUGCCUCACAUCGACCAUUUUAAUUGCAUUCCAAAGUAAAGGGACUCAAUCCAUUUGUCAGAAGAGAAAACGCUAAAUUUUUACCCCGCUGUCUUUCCCUCCAAAUUCCACCAAAAAUGCCGUAAAUGAUGACAUCUUCACAAAUUGAAAGCCCACCUAUUUACUGCAUUUUUCUUUUUUUUUUUUCUUUUUCAUUUUCCUGUUCACGUUGUGAUUCAAAGCUGAAAUUUUGCUCAACCAGCAAGUUUUGUUUCGGUGAGUGAGCGGUGGCGGUGCUCCCAUUUUGUUUUAUUUUAUUCUUUCAAAUUUUAUUAUUAUUAUUUUUUUUUGAAGACACCAACCAGGCACUUAAAAAUGAGGCUUAUUCUUUGAGGCACCCUUCUCCGAUUAUGGAAUUAAUCCGAUUUAAAGCACUGCUCUCCGAGCUUCAGGUUGCAGCACCCCUCCACAUCUAAAAGGUCCUGUGUUUGUCCCACAAUUGUUAUUCUUUUUUAAAUUUUGUUCUUCUUUGUGCCCCUCCUCAUGUCACCAGUCCACUCCUUCAUGUCUUCGUUUUAAUAAUCCCUGGAUGAAUGAGCGCAUUGUUUGAGGAAUGUUGAGUAUCUCAGCUAUUAAAUGCAUACAGGUGGCGCGUGUGUGUGCGUGUACGUGGGCAUGCACUUCGGCCUUCACAUGCACUGGUAACAUCCUGACUGACGACUCUUUCGACAGACACGUUACAAGAGUAUUUUGCUCUUUGAGAGACCUCAGACUCCUCUCCCUGCAGCGGGCACGUUAUUAGCGGCUAGAAUAAUCAAUAUGAAAAAUGUGAGAUGGUUUUUAAAAAAAUGCAAUUUGCUGUGACACAGUACAAUUGCGGCCAACACGUUAAGUUUAAUUGUAAACAAAACAAAGUACUCCAAAUUCUAUCACACAUAGUACAGACACUUUUUUUUCAAAGUGUAAAGCUAAUUCUGUAUUUUAAAUAUAGGAGGGAACAUAACAUUAAUCAUGCUAGCGCUAUAGUAAGUGAAAUACACUUCAAGGCCAGGUAUAUGAAGCAUCCAUAAUGUUAGCCGAUCAAUUAAAAAACAAUAAGUUGGGCACUCACGGUGUUUUCAUGUCAUGCGUGGCCACGUAUUCGUACACUGAGGAGAAAAUUAACGUAAUUCCCGGCCUACAGAGCGCACCUGGUUAUAACCCUCACAUUUGUCAAGGAAUUACCAUUUGAUACAUAUGUACGCCGCAGCCGUGUAAAAGCCGCAAGUGCUCACAUUGAAACCGACAUUGAAAGACGAGAUAUUUACAAAGAAAGACGGUACGCAGAGAGUUUAACGCUAGCACCGCCACGUUAACGCUAAAGCUAGCGCCGCUGCGCUAACAGGGCUGGUUAAAAAAAACAUACUGGUAAAAAUCACUGAGACACAGCAGUAACACGCUAGCGCAACGCUAACAAGGGCCGGACCGGUAAAAGUCACUUCCUCGGCACAUAUAUUCCUCCGGUCUCACACUUACCUUUUACGCUCGAGUGCCCCCUUGUGGCCGUUGAAAAAAAAAAUGCACAAAUUAGCCGUAUCACCGCAUGAGCCGCAGAGUUGAAAGCGUGUGAAAAAAGUUGCAGCUUACACGCCAAAAAUUACGGUUGUUCACUGCACAUAGUUUGUAAUCUUUAAAACGUGCAUUUUGGGGCUACCGUAAAUGGAGGACCCCUUCAAAUUUUAUCUUGACACGAGUAGGAAAUCGGAAGUAAUCCCACCUCCAUGUUUUGCAGUCAAACUUAAACUGAACAAAACCAUGACGGACGAGUGACCACCACAAUAAGCUAAUAUUUCAUUUGUUUGCCGGUAUGUUUUUUUUGGGGGGGGGUUUAAUUGGCUGAAAAAUAUCGUUGUAUUUUAUACGACGACAGAUAUUUGAAAGUGUGAAAACACACACAAUUGGAGUGUAUUAUUCCGCUUUUUUUGGAUUCCGCACAGAAGGCAAAGAUGGAUGACUGCAUUGUAUUCCAUCUCUUGUCGUGUCAAUUUUGCUGGAUCUCCAUAUGAAACCAGAUAAACAUACCAGAAUUCCCGACCAAUGAAGUAUCUUCCGAUAGACACUCACAACUCCCCAAAUUGCAGUUUUCUUUAGACAGGAAACUGGUUAGUGUUUGCAGCCAAUUAGUGGACUCCAUUUUUCCACCAUUGCUUUUCAGAUGCGACAAAUCAAAAAUCAAUUCAAGUCCAAGUGAAUUCUAAUAAAUCCAUUGUAUAUUUAAAAAAAAAAAAUUGGUAUGAGGUGGACGAACACACUACAUUUAUCACACACCGUAUGAAUUUAGGAGUCUUUUAAUUUUUCAGAUCUCUUCAUUUUGAAUCUUUCUAUGCAAACUUUCCGACACAGGACACACUCCUCAGACUGACAGGACACUUGUUUCUUUUAAGAUCCUCUCAAGUGGUAGUACGAGUAGACGAGCCUCCUCCCCUUUUGGUACCAAACACCUGUAAAUAUGUAACACUGUAUUUAAGUACUGAUGAUAAUAAUAAUAAUAACUGUGGCUUGCGUUGUCUUUGAGGUUGUCUUCUUUUAAGAGAUAGAGCUGUAUUUAUCGUGGCUGUUAGCAUUAUUUACGGUAGCUUCUAUUGACAGCAUACGUGUGUACAUAGGUCCACCUUUUGUAGUAUUAUUUCACAUUGAAAAGUAGAGGGCAUUUGCGACCGGUCAGAGGGUAAACAAAACAUAAAAGGACUAUUGAGCUUCUGAUAAAAGCUUCUCACUAGUUUUUUCACAGUAGACGGAACGAUAAUGCCAACACGGUACUGGAGGAGCACUCCGUUCCCUUCGGAAAUUUUCUAUACGAAUAUAAAUAUAUACAGUUAUAUAUGUAUCUAUAAAGACGUGAAUUUAAGGCUGCUAGAUACAAUCACUAAUUUUAUUGUGCUGACAGAGAAAAUUAGCUAUGAAUGACUGUUAAACCCGAAUUCUCCAACAGGAUGAGGCGUUCUUGUAUUUUAGUUGUGUGCAAUGUGCACGUGUGAGUGUGUCUUCUGGCCGAGUGUCUGUUUGGGUGUGCGUUUCAUGUCUUCGAGCUGAACCAAGGUUGGAUGAAGCUGAUUAAAAACUUGCUGGCUGACAAAAUGUAGGAUGUGCUUUUUUUUUUUUUUUUUAUACAUAGGAAAUGAAAAAAAAAUAACACCUUUGUCAUUCUGCAUUAACCAGCACAGUGCAACUUCCUGUCAUGUACUGUAUUUUAUAUAUAUAUAUGCGCAACAUAUGUCUCUGCAUAUAUAUUCCACAUAUAUGUAUGUAUGUAUAUGUGUGUGUAUAUAUAUAUAUAUAUAUAUAUAUAUAUAUAUAUAUAUAUAUGUGUGUGUGUGUGUGUAUGUAUGUACAUAUAUAUACACAUAUAUGUAUAUAUGUGUAUGUAUGUACAUAUAUAUACACAUAUAUGUAUGUAUGUGUGUAUAUACAUAUGUGUAUGUAUGUACAUAUAUACGCGUGUGUGGGUAUAUAUACAUGUGUAACAUAUGUCUGUCUGCAUAUAUAUUCCACAUAUAUGUAUCAAUGUGUAUAUACAUGUGUGUAUAUAUACACAUAUGUAUGUACAUAUAUAUAUACACACACAUAUUUGUAUGUAUGUAUGUGUAUAUAUAUAUAUGUGUGUGUGUGUAUGUAUGUAUAUUAGUUUUAACCACUUUUGCUGCUAGUCUUUUUCUCCUUUCGAUCUCAGAAAAAAACUUGUGCAUAAUGUUGGAAUGCAUACAAAUGUACAUUGUUGACGUUGUGUAGAAUGAUUACAAAAAGAAGCUAUACACACACACAACGCAUACAUGUGGAUAUAAAUGUGUGUGUGUUAUAUAUAUAUGUAUAUCUUUAUAUACAGUAUAUGUAUAUAUAUGUACAUACAGUUGAUGUGUGUUGGCGUGUGCGCACACAUACAUACAUGUAUACAUACAUAUACAUGCAUACACACAAAAUCCCAGUUUUCCUUUUAACGCAUUGUUUUAAAAAGAGUAACAAAAAAUGUUUACUUUUCACAGCAGAUUUUUGAAGUGUUUUUUUUUGGGCCUCUCCAACUAGGCUUCAGUGCACUGAUACUACUUGAUGUUUUUUUUUUCUGACAUCUUACAGCGCUUGAUGUAACCUUUAUGUGAUUAGUUCUGAAGUAGUGGAAGACAUUUUUGUGUUUUUGGAAAAAAAAAAACUUGCAGUAUAAAUGGUACUAUUAACUAUUCUGUAAACACUGCCUGUUUUGUUUCUUUCCCCCAUCUUUCCUUGUGCAUAUUCUUUUUUUCCCUGUGUUAAUUUAAGUUUCUUAGUGCCAUCCUGACGACCUCAAAAAAAAACAAAAAAACAAACAAAAAAAAAAACCAACCACACCGACAAAAGAAGUGCCUCAUGUCCAUCUUAGUCUCCAUCAAUUUUAACAUCUCUCUGUUCCGGUUCUAUCAGUUUCUAUUGUUUUGUUGAUUUGAGAAAACCAAGUAUAUGAUGUAAAAUUGAUAGUCCCAAUAACUCCCAUGGCAUAGUAUUUUCUUUAUACAGAUGUAGCUCGUUACUUUUCAUAAAUAUAUAAUGUAAAUAUGCAUACAUAUAUUUGUAACUGUUUUUACAUUACAUCAUACACUUGUAAUUUGACAUAUCAAAUAACUAUCAUAAUAAAAUUGUGAGUUUUAACUCUUGCUUGUGCAUAUUUAUUUUGUAUUUAAUUCA